GAUCUCAUUGUGAGCGUCACACGAACCCACUUCAGCAUCUGCAACUUGCCGACGUACUGGCCAGCUUUCUCCACCGAAUCCAUUCACAGUGCACUCCUUCAAGCUUCAAAGAUAAGCAGCAGCAGCAGCAACCCGCCAACCACUUGGGCUUGGCUUGACAGACAUCUAUCUCUACGUGAGUUAGGUGAGGGAGGAUUUGGGCUUGGAAUCGCACCUCGCCCCCAGCCACCGUUGAAUCGCAUCGUGACCGUAAAGUAGAUGACUUUUGUGCUCCACUGUCCUUCUUUAUUGAUUCCCAUCGCGAACCUUCCAAGUAAUUGAUUUGAGAGACUCGACUCUAACUCAAUACUGUGGAUGGGACCAUCUUCCAGCGACACUUUUAAUUUGUUUUCUUGAAUAUGGCUCGUGCUGGAUCUCUAUUCUGAUGCUUUUCUUUUCUUGCUCUGCUCUGAAGCUGCAACCUUCUGUGGAUUCAGUUUGCUUGUUCAAUUUGAUGGGUGAGUUUUUUUGGUUCAAUGGGCGCCGUGAGCAUGACAGCCAGUUUGUGUGUACUGCUGCUAUUGUUGUCUAAUUAUGUCGAAAAAAACAUCACUUUAAUCUACAAUUGGUAAGCUGAAGUGUGUCGGAAUUUUACUUGGUGGAGUCUGAUGGGAAGGGAAGGAAUUCUGAAUCAUGCGGCCUUGAAAAUUCUUGAAGAACGUCUUCCAUGGGUUUAGUGGAUUUGAUUUUUUUUUUUUUUUUUUUGGUGAUGAUCAGACAUAAAGUUUAGAAUUCUUGGAAAGUGUUGGUUCGAAAUGGAAAAUUCUGCAGAACCAUCGUCAUCCAUCAGUUUCACCUCGCCUUCUCAUUUAUCCAAUGGAUCAAUCAAUAAUAAGGUCUAUGCUUCUGGUGGAUCCGACAAUCUUGAAGUCAUAAGCUUAAAGAAGCUGAGUUAUAGUUUGGAGCAACUCCUUUGUGAACCUGGCAGUGAUUUCAGUGAUGCUGAUAUUGUGGUAGAAGGCAAAAGCAUUGGGAUUCACCGAUGCAUUUUAGCGGCGAGGAGCAAGUUUUUUGAUGAUCUGUUCAGAAAUCAUAAGGGCUCUGCUGGGAAGGAAGGAAAGCCAAAGUAUUCCAUAGAAGAUUUGUCCCCUAAAGGUAGGAUUGGAUAUGAGGCUUUGGUUAUUGUCUUGAGCUAUUUGUACACAGGAAGGCUUAAGCCCUCUCCACCUGAGGUGUCAACCUGCGUCGAUAGCACGUGCAUACAUGAUGGAUGCAGACCUGCUAUUGACUUUGCUGUUGAGUUAAUGUAUGCAUCCGCAGUUUUUCAGGUCGCCGAACUCAUGUCACUUUUUCAGCGCCGACUUCUUAAUUUGGCUGGCAAGGCAAUUGUGGAAGACAUUAUCCCUAUCCUUAUUGUUGCCUUUGACUGCCGCUUAAGCCAUCUUCGCUGUCAGUGCAUUAAUAGAGUCGCUCAGUCUGACCUUGAGAACAUCGCUAUUGAGAAAGAGAUCCCCCCUGAAGUUGCAGAUAUUAAAUUGAUCCGCCUGAAUUCUCAGGCAGAAGAUGAAAGACAUGCAGCAGCGCAAGUCGAUCACUUGCGUGAGAAGCAAGUGAAGCGAAUGCACAAAGCACUGGACUCUGAUGAUGUCGAACUGGUGAGACUCCUUCUGACUGAUUCCGAGGUGACCUUAGACGAGGCCUUUGCUCUGCACUAUGCUAUUACUUACUGUGAUCCCAAGAUAGUGAAGGAGGUGCUUAGUCUAGGUCUGGCGGAUGUCAACUUACGCAAUACAAGGGGACAUACAGUACUUCACAUUGCUGCUAGGCGUAAGGAACCAUCUAUUAUAGUCUCACUUCUGACCAAGGGAGCAUCUGCCUCAGAUCUAACACCAGAGGGGCAAAAUGCACUUAGCAUAUGUAGGAGGUUGACGAAGCCGAAGGAUUAUGAGAUGAAAAGGCAGGAAGGGUGUGAAGCAAACAAUGACCGGAUAUGCAUUGAUGUGUUGGAGAGGGAGAUGAGCAGGAAUCCAUUUGCCGAGGAUACUAUGCUGUCCCUUGCCGUGGCUGAUGAUUUGUAUGUGAGAUCUCUCUACCUGGAAGACCGAGUGUCGUUUGCACGGAUGUUUUUCCCAACCGAAGCUAAGCUGGCUAUGGAAAUUGCACAUGCCGAGACAACAUCAGGGCUUGCUGGUCUCUUGUCAUCAAGAGGUUCGAGUGGGAACUUGGAGGUUGAUUUAAACGAAUCACCGCAUAGUCAAAAGAAAAGACUUCUUGCAAGGAUUGAGACUCUCUCCAGAACAGUUGAGUUGGGGCACCGGUAUUUCCCAAAUUGCUCCCAGGUACUGGAUAAGUUCAUGGAGGAUGACUUGCCGGACGCAAUCUACCUUGAGAAGGGCACUGAUGAAGAGCAGAGGAUGAAACGAUUACGCUUUAUGGAACUCAAGGAUGAAGUUCAGAAAGCAUUCACCAAGGACAAAGCUGAGCUGCACCUGUCUGGCUUUUCUUCGUCGCCUCCACGAUCCUUCAAAGAUCGAAUGAAUAUGAACAGCAGGGCUCGAAAGAUUUAGAACUAAAAUGGGGUUAUCAUCCUCCUACCAAAGAAAUUGUACGUAGAGCUAUGUAUGUUUUUCUUGGAAGUCUUGGAUAGCACAGCACAGCAAAGCACUGCUUUGAUAUAUAUUGUAGUGCAUCGAAGGAACAAGCCUAGCUUGCUUCGUCAAUAACUUCUGAUUUUUAGCUUAUGCAAGUUAUAAUAAUUUCUUGUGUAUAGACGAACAUCUGCAAGGGAAUUUUGUCCCUAAUUUUAGAUAUUAGUGGGCCACCCCUCCAAUA